AUGGCGGCCCGGCUGCUCCGUUUGCGUGGGCUCCUGUUUGCCGGCGGGUCGCGGCGCUUCUCUGUGCAGCCCAGUGCUGUGCAAACUGACCAGCCCAGCGCAAAACGCAAAGAGCCCUCUUUUUCUAAACAUUUGAAUGAUAUAGGCACCCGAAGGAUCUUCUCUCCCGAGCAUGAUAUCUUCAGGCAGAGCGUCAGGAAGUUCUACCAGGAGGAAGUGCUGCCUUUUCAUGAUGAGUGGGAGAAGGAUGGCCAGGUCAGCAGGGAGAUCUGGAAAAAGGCUGGAGAGCAGGGCCUGCUGGGCAUUGCUAUAGACGAAAAACAUGGAGGCAUUGGAGCGGAUAUUCUCUCUUCAGCUGUGGUCUGGGAAGAGCAGAUGUAUGUUAACUGUAGUGGCCCAGGAUUUCCCCUUCAUUCAGAUAUAGUCAUGCCCUACAUCACGAACUAUGGCUCUGAAGAACAGAUAAAACGCUUCAUCCCCCCGAUGGUUGAAGGCAAGUGCAUUGGAGCUAUUGCCAUGACUGAACCUGGGGCUGGCAGUGACUUGCAGGGGAUACGAACAUAUGCAAAAAAAGAUGGAAGUGAUUGGAUUCUUAAUGGGAGUAAGGUGUUCAUCACAAAUGGUUGGAUGAGUGAUGUAGUGAUUGUGGUUGCAGUUACAAACCGUGAGGCCCGAUCCCCUGCUCAUGGAAUCAGCCUUUUUCUGGUGGAAAAUGGGACAAAAGGUUUCAUCAAAGGACGCAAGCUGCAGAAAAUGGGCCUGAAAGCCCAGGAUACAGCAGAGCUGUUUUUUGAAGAUGUGCGGCUGCCAGCCAGUGCCUUGCUUGGGAAAGAGAAUAAGGGCUUCUAUUAUCUGAUGGGAGAACUCCCUCAGGAAAGACUGGUGAUUGGAGAUAUGGCUAUUGCCAGGUGUGAAUUCAUGUUUGAAGAAACAAGGAAUUAUGUGAAGCAAAGAAAAGCUUUUGGGAAAACAGUUGCCCAUUUGCAGGUGAACGGUUUUUCGUUUCAUCACAAGUUGGCCGAAAUGAAGACACAGAUUUGCGUUGGCCGGGCCUUUUUGGACAACUGUUUGCAGCUGCAUGCAGAAAAACGUCUGGACACAGGCACAGCUUCUAUGGCAAAGUAUUGGGCUUCUGAUCUUGAAAGCAGUGUGGCAAACCAGUGUGUGCAACUGCAUGGAGGAUGGGGGUACAUGUGGGAGUAUCCAAUUGCAAAAGCUUUUGUGGAUGCCCGUGUUCACCCGAUCUACGGUGGUACCAAUGAAAUAAUGAAAGAGCUUAUUGCUAGAGACAUUGUCAGUGACAAUUAGGGCAGAUGUUAACUACUUUGGAGAAUAUUGCUAAAUCCUUUCACAUUAAUAGAUGGAAUA